AUUACCACCACAGAAUAAGUCAAAUUAAAUUUUUUUAAUAAGCUUUUUUUUUAAAAAAUAUAAUGGUUUGAUGGUUUCUGAAUUUCCGUCUUCCGUUUUGUUCCGUACUUCCGUUCUAAUUCCAGUUGCACUAGUCAAUAUGGUAAUUAGCGCAACAACAGAUUUUACCCGUUUGACUAUUUACAAAUGACAUUCACGAAAAACAACAACAAUUGAGCAACAAGUCAACAACAGCAAUUUGACCAUAAAAGUACGUAACGUAAAUUCUAUGGUAAUUGCUUUCUUGCUGAGUUAAAUCGUAAAAAAAACCUUUAUAUUAUAUAAGGAGUUACGGACCAAGACUCACCACUUGUUUUAAGUUGAUUCAUGUUGUGACAUCCAAAAAAGAUCCAAUAAUGGAAAAAGAUGUGUAUGGAGAAGAGGCUUGGCAAUCUAUAAACAAAAACUUUGAUCAUGUGAAGGGCCUGUAUUUAGAUCAUGCUGGAAGUACUCUAUAUUCUAAAUCAAUAAUAGAGAAUUCACUUACUGAACUAACCCAAAAUUGUUUUGGGAAUCCACAUAGUCGAAACAUCCCAAGCAAAAUAACAAGUGAUUUAAUUGAUCAAACACGGAUUGAACUUCUUGAUUUCUUUCAAGCAGACCCUGACCAGUAUGCUGUAAUAUUUACAUCAGGUGCUACUGAUAGCCUCAGACUAGUGGCAGAAAGCUUCAAAUUUUCAAAUGACCCUGAUGUUGGUGAAUGUGGUUCUUUUGUGUACAUUAAAGAGAGCCAUACAUCUGUCAUAGGAAUGAGAGAAUACUUUAAAUCAUUUGUUCCAUGUUAUGCUUUACCAUGUGAUGAAAUCACGACGUACUUAAACCCAGGAAGCGCAACUAUUCCCAUAGCUGAACACAAAAAAUCAAAUUUUUUAUCUUCAAAUACCGAUGAAAAUAAAGUUAGCCAUAAUGAGAAAUGCAGUGCCAACCAACAUGAAAAAUUCGAGUCAUCGUCCAACUCUUUGUUUGUCUUUCCUGCCCAGUGCAAUUUUAGUGGUUUCAAAUAUCCUCUAGAGCUAAUCGCGUUUGCCCAAGAAAAUGGCUUCUCCGAAAUGAAGAGUGAUCUGUGUUUAAACAGAGAAUUAAUUAGAAAACAGAAAAAGAAAAAUAAUUGGUUUUGCCUUUUGGAUGCUGCCUCAUUUGUGGGCACCAAUCAAUUAAACCUUUCCGUUUGGAAGCCAGAUAUGGUGGCUGUAUCUUUUUACAAGAUAUUCGGUUACCCAACAGGUUUAGGUGCUUUAAUUGUGCAUCGACGAGCUAAUCGUGUGUUACAAAAAAAGUAUGUUGGAGGAGGAACUGUGGAUGUUGUAUCGUCAUCGCGAGACUUUCAUGCAGCUCGCCAACUGCUGGAAGAAAAAUUCGAGAAUGGAACUAUCAAUUUUCUUGCAAUACUCUCACUUCGCCAUGGAAUGCGUGAGCUGAAGCGACUCGUUACAACAAUGGAGAAUGUAUCCAUCCAUACCUUUCAGCUGGGACAGCUAUUGUACGUAACCCUGCGCAAGCUGAAAUACGCCAACGGAAAAUCUUUGGUGAAAAUAUAUUCCCACACGGAAUUCACCGAUCGACAUCGCCAGGGUGCUAUUGUCACUUUCAAUCUUAUGACGGAAAAAGGCGAUUAUAUAGGAUAUGCUCAUGUAGAAAAAAUCCUCGCUCUCUAUGAUAUUCACGUGAGGACAGGCUGUUUUUGCAAUCCUGCCGCAUGUCAAAAAUUUUUAGAUUUAUCUGAAGAGGAUUUGUGCUCCAAUUAUCUGUCUGGUCACAAAUGUGGCGAUGAGAAUGAUUUGAUUGACGGACGCCCAACUGGAGCUGUGCGCGUUUCUUUUGGUUACAUGUCACAGGGAAAUGACGUCGUUCAAUUCGUCAACAUUCUGCGCCAGUGUUUUCUUCAAGGCCAGUGUGAAAAAGUGGAAAUGGAACCGGAGCAACUUGUGUCGCGCCAACCCAAUAUUGAACUCUCAGGAAUUUGCAUAUACCCAAUUAAAUCGUGCGGCGCUUUUAGUCCAAAAGCCUGGCCAAUUUCUAAAUCAGGUUUAUUAUACGAUCGAUGUUGGGUUAUUGUAAAUGAAGCUGGAGCGGCUUUGACACAAAAGCGAGAACCGAAGCUUUGUAUGAUCCGACCAGAAAUUGAUCUAAAGGAGAAAAAACUUAUUUUAAAAUGCCUUACACAACCUUCGAUUACGAUGGAUAUAGAGGAUUGUAACUUAUCCGCUACAAAUGAACUGAAGUUUACCAAGAUAUGUGGAAGAGUGAUGCGAUUUGCUGAAUGUGAGUCCGUCGUCAAUGAAUGGCUGAGCAAGGUCAUCGGCCAACCAGCUCUGAAACUGUUAAGAUGUUUUGAAUCACAUUCGUCCUUAGUAAACGAUUCCUCAUUCCUGCUUGUCAAUCUAAAUAGCGUCAGUAGUUUACAAAUGCAGUUCAGGAAUGAUGACUCAUCGGCACCAAUUUCCACGGAAGAAUUGGUGACAAGAUUCCGAGGCAAUUUUGUGAUAAGCGGCGCAAAUGCUUUUGAGGAAGAUAGCUGGACGAAAAUAAAAAUUGGGCCGUUCGCUUUUAAGAACGUUGGUCCGUGCUAUCGGUGCCAAAUGGUUUGUGUGGAUCAAAAUACUGCCAGCCGAAAUCAAGAAGCUUUAUCGGUCUUGGCCAAUUUCCGUGGCAAAAAAAUGCCGUUUGGAAUUUGUCUUGAAAUGUCUUCGCAAUCCAAUGGUUCAGAAGUUGUUGAAAUUGGUUCCCGGAUAGUACGUGAUUAUACCGAGGAUUCUACAAUUUAAUUUCGCAAUUAAAGUUUCAUAUGUAUAGCCUGUGUGCAUUGUUAUGUUAUUAGUUAUUAUUACACAAAUGAUUAUUAA